GGGCAAGGGUCACAGAACAUUCGCUUGCCACAUACGCCUCUGUCGCACUUGUUUGUUUUCGUCCCUUAACAGCAACAACUUUCGAAACAGAUCAGCGAGAAGAGAUGGCACAUCUGGUAGCUGUCUGCAGGGACGGGGAAGAGGACUAUCUUUUCCUUGCACGCCAGAUUCCCCUUUACAUCGAUGACACACUUACGAUGGUGAUGGAAUUUCCUGACAGUGUUCUGGACUUUACCAGCCAUCAGAUCAACAGCUCACAAAUGAAGCAGUUUGUCGAGCACCACAGUAUGCUGAAGCAGCAGGACCUGAACAUGGCGUUGAUGGUGAUGUCACGCGAGGUCUUCAGCGCUCUGUCACAGCUGGUGCCAUGUGUGGGCUGCCGGCGCAGCGUGGAACGUCUGUUCUCUCAGCUCACAGACUCUGGGUACUUUGCCCUGGAGCCUCUCACUGUAGGAUCUUCUGGAGUGUUGUCAGUCACACAGGCGUGCCUCACAGACCCCAGGAAACUCUACACACUCUUUUAUGUUCAUGGGACAAAGUUAAACAACAUAAUUGAUGCCAUCCCCAAGAGUAAAAAGAACAAGCGCUGCCAGCUUCACUCGUUAGACACGCAUAAACCCAAGCCUUUAGGGGGCAGCUGGAUGGACGUGUGGGAGCUGAUGUCACAGGAGUGUCGUGAUGAGGUAGUCUUGAUUGACAGUUCUUCUCUAUUAGAAACUCUGGAGACGUACCUGCGAAAACACAGGUUCUGUACCGACUGUAAGAACAAGGUUCUGAGAGCGUAUAACAUCCUGGUGGGAGAUCUGGACUGCAGUAAAGAGAAGGGUUACUGUGCGGCUCUGUACGAGGGUUUACGCUGCUGUCCGCAUGAGCGGCACAUUCACGUCUGCUGUGAGACCGACUUCAUCGCUCACUUACUUGGCCGAGCAGAACCAGAGUUCGCAGGAGGUUACGAGCGUAGAGAGAGACACGCCAAGACCAUAGACGUCGCGCAGGAGGAGGUGUUGACGUGUUUGGGAAUUCAUCUGUACGAGCGACUGCACAGAAUCUGGCAAAAGCUGCGGGCAGAGGAGCAGACGUGGCAAAUGCUCUUCUAUCUUGGCAUUGACGCUCUACGCAAAAGCUUUGAGAUGGCGGUGGAAAGGGUGCAGGGCAUCAGCAGGUUGGAGCAGCUCUGCGAGGAACUGUCUGAAGAGGAGAGAGCAAAAGAACACAAACAGGAGAAAAAGAGGCAAAAACGCAAGAACAGGCGUAAAAACAAGUGCGGCUUUGAUAUGACCGAACAAGAAACAGAGGGGGAGAAGGACAAAAAUCUUGAUGAGGGUUCAUCAGAGUCGGUUGACAGUGGUUGUAAGUCAUGUGGUAGUGGUGAGGAGUCUGGGGGGAGCAUGGAGGUCAUCGUGAUCAGAGAGAACUCGCCCUGUACCUGCCCUGCAGCUUCCAUCCUGCACUCCCCCAAACCCAAGAAAGCACUGUUGCCUCACAGCAGUGGCAGCGACUGUGGCUACUGCUCCAGUAUGGACGGCAGUGAGAUGGGCUCUAGAGAGGGCUCAGAUGUGGCCUGCACCGAGGGCAUGUGUAACCAUGAUGAAACGGGUGAAUAUUCAUGUAGUCACCACUGUCUGGAGGAGAAAGAGGAGGAUGCUGUGGACAGCUGUGUGGAGUGUUGGGCCAACUCUGAAGAAAACACAAAGGGCAAGAAUAAAAAGAAGAAAAGAAAAAACAAGGGCUCACUGUGCAGGAGUGAUCAUGUAUCUAAAGCAGAGGAGAGCUGUGUAUCUGACAGCGGUAGAGGAUCUGCCAGUCACGAGUCUUCCUCCUCUUCAUCUCAUCUGUGCAGAAGCAAAGACACACCGUGCUGUGAAUCCUCAGCCAGCAGCAGACAUCAUCACGGUUCACAUCUCUCACCAGACAACUGUGGAGACAGCAAGAGCCUCAUUGAGUUACUGAAGGAAUCUGAAGUGACCUCAGAAGACGAAAACUGUCUGACACCGGACGAGAUCCAGUCGUUCGUAGAGAACAACAAAUCCUUCUACCGCACGCGGGACCAGUACAGACAGCACCUGAAAGACCGCUUCACCAAAUAUUGCCGCUCGAACGUAUGUAGCGGAGAGUGGCUGCCCACCACCAGCGUCAACUAGACUGCACACUAACUCACUUAUUUUUAUAGACCUUAAAACACUCAAUGAUCACCACUGCUUUGGGGAGAAAACACACAGGGUAUUUGAAAUGGGUAAAAUGGUGUCAACCUUGACGCUCAUGUUAUGUUGGGAAAAGUUACAUGUGUUUUGCAUCUAUAAAUGUCUUUCCAUUCAAGCGUCUCCUCUUUCACUCUGAAUCCUUCUCAACCAAUCACAGUUGGCUUUGUUUUCUUUCUCUUGCGGCACUUUGAUUAGGGAGCAGGAUAAUAAAUGAUCAAGUUUGCGGGCCUUGACUGUAGGGUUAGGUGUUGGUAGUCUUAAUGUAUUGUUUGUUAACCUUUUUUUGUCAUUUCAAAUCAUUUCUCUGACUGUGACAAUAAAUGUGUACAGAAAUGAAAUUAUCUAAAUGAGAAGAUUUUACAGAAAGAUGAAAACAUCCAUUUAUAAAGAAAUGUGGGUGUAAUGUUGAGCGCAAUGUGAAGAAUUUAUGUAAUAAUAAAGAAUAUUUAUUAAU